UGUAAUUUUUUAUUAUUUUUCCAUGAACUAGUUACAAAUGCAAUGACUAUUACACGUACCUUGUAAAUUUUUGGCCAUGGUGUCGACUUACUACUUGGUGAAACUCUUCCAAAAAGCCACUUACGAAAGAUUAAAGCGCAACCUUGAUGGUGUCGGAGAGAGCUCAACUUCGGGUACUUCUACCACUAAUAAUUCAGCAGGACACUCAAGGAAUAUCAUCGCCACUAAAACUUGCCGUGUGUGCUUGAAAGAAGUAGGUACUCGACCUAUUUUCGGCGACGAAUCUCAUUCGGACAUAUCUGUAGCUAUCCGUGUUUUUGGUGACAUCGAUGUUCAAGAAGAGGACGAUUAUCCGAAAUAUUUAUGCGACGCAUGCCACACUUUAUUGGAAGCCGCUAUCUUAUUUAGAAAAUCAGCAAAGCAGUCCCAUCAAAUACUAAGAAAACGGCAUGUCAAACAAGAAAUUCAUCAUGAUACGCAAGAUGGGGACCCUCAGGAAACCGAAGAACAGAAACCUAGACAUAUCCGGCCUUCAAUACUUACAAAUUUCUUCUCUCCUAUAGAUAGUUCUGAUAAUUCAAACGAUCCUAGUAAACGGAAAAAAACUAAAGUGCAAUGCCGAAUAUGCAGUAAAAUAAUAACAAAGGCUUACUAUAAGGAACAUUUUGCGCUCCACGACGCUACUAUAGUCAAAUACAUGUGCGAUGUCUGCGGUAAAUCGUUUCGUCAGCGCUGUGCAUACAAGAAUCACUAUUUCACUCAUAGCACAGACUUCCCAUACAAAUGUACAAUGUGUCCAUAUAGAGGACGGAAUUCAGGCUUAUUAAACACACACAUGCGUACACAUACCGGAGAUUACAGAUACAUGUGUUCAGAAUGCCCCGCUAGAUUUCUGACAAAAAGCAACCUGAAUAAGCAUAUGUUCAGACAUAAAGAGCCGAUGUUCAAAUGUGACACAUGUCAUCGAGCUUUCCAUUCUAAACUCAUCCUUGAAAGGCAUUUUGAGGCUGAACACCUAGGAAUAAAGAAUCACAUAUGUAAUUUGUGCGGGAAGGCGUUUGGUUAUCGGAAAGCAAUGAUGCGGCAUCAACUGGACGUGCAUAAAAGGGAGAAAAAGGUUAAUGGGAGGACUCCGUCAUAUUUGGAAGCAGAGUUUAAGAAGCAGCAAGAUGAAGUCAUGUAAAUUUAUAAUUGGUUCCAACAAUAGCUGGA